GUUCUGCGUGCCAAGCACAGAUAUAGGAGAGGUGAAGGAGGUGGAAUUGGGGAAGCUUUAAUAAAGUCAUUAAAACAUAGCUAGCUAAGUCGUAACCUCUCGCUUUAGCCGAUGGCUGCUUUACUUAGAUUGUGAAACAGCACGUUUUAUUUUUUUUCAAAGUCACGGACAUGGUUGAGAUGAUAGCUCGUAGUUAACUUGUUACCCCGGGAGCGCUCUCGAAAUAGUCCCUGAAGUGUUUACGGUGGCUACUACCCCGGUGUAGUCGUUACCUCUCCAGCCCCUACCCUGGGCCCUCUCUCUUCCUCUCAGCAAAACUCGAUCUGGAAAGAUGGUGUCGUGGAUGAUCUCCAGAACCGUUGUGCUCGUCUUCGGGACUCUGUAUCCUGCAUACUAUUCCUACAAAGCAGUGAAAACCAAAAACGUCAAGGAAUAUGUCCGCUGGAUGAUGUACUGGAUUGUGUUUGCUCUCUACACUGUCGUGGAGACCAUCACAGACCUCACUGUAGCCUGGUUCCCCCUGUACUAUGAGAUUAAGAUAGCGUUUGUUAUCUGGCUGCUGUCUCCCUACACCAGAGGAGCUGGUCUCAUCUACAGGAAAUGUCUUCAUCCUCUGCUGUCCUCCAGAGAGAGGGAGAUAGAUGAGUACAUUGUCCAGGCCAAGGAGCGCAGCUACGAGACCAUGGUGAACUUCGGAAGGCAGGGCCUGACUAUCGCUGCUACUGCAGCGGUCUCCGCAGCUGUCAAGGGCCAGGGGGCCAUCACAGAGAAGCUGAGGAGCUUCAGUAUGCAUGACCUGACACAGAUACCCCUCGACGACGCAGCAGCCAAUCAGAUCUAUACAGCCCAUGCCGGCAACCCUGCCGUGAGCAGGAGGGCUCUCACCGCAGACGCUACCGACAGAACAGAGUACUAUGCCUACGAGCAGGAGGACAGGACAGAUGAGGAGGGGGAACAACUUUUCUCAGAGGACGAGGCCGUCACCCAGAGAGGUCUGAGGAGGUCCCAGAGUGUCAAGAUCAUGCGCUCUAAAGCCCGUAAAGAUGCCCGUUAUGGAUCUCUGAAGAUCAAAGGGAAACGAAGGCAGGGUCUGAGUGCUGCGACCUACACUGCAAUGUAAUGAACACUCCAGGAGAAGCAUGGAUGUGGCCCAAACACCACCCUUUUCCUUAUAUAGUGCACUAGUGUUGACCAGAGCACUCUGGGCCCUGGCCCAAAGGUAGUGUCUUCUAAAGGGAAUAGAUCACAAAAUCAGUCAACACUUCAGGAAGAUCUAUUGACAACUCCAACAUCCAUCAGUGACUAGCUGCUGACAGUACGCAGUCAUUCUCUGGAGAACGGUGCUGAGGAACUGUUCUCCGUCAUUCUCUGGAGAACGGUGCUGAGGAACUGUUCUCCGUCAUUCUCUGGAGAACGGUGCUGAGGAACUGUUCUCCGUCAUUCUCUGGAGAACGGUGCUGAGGAACUGUUCUCCGUCAUUCUCUGGAGAACGGUGCUGAGGAACUGUUCUCCGUCAUUCUCUGGAGAACGGUGCUGAGGAACUGUUCUCCGUCAUUCUCUGGAGAACGGUGCUGAGGAACUGUUCUCCGUCAUUCUCUGGAGAACGGUGCUGAGGAACUGUUCUCCAGAUGUUUUUAAACUGUCCUGGGUCUAUUCUUCUCUUCCUGAUGGGAGCAUCCGUCUUUUUAAUGAACCAUAUAUCAACUCAUAUUUAUUUCAUUAUUCUUACUGUGUGUAUUUAAAGUGUCAUACAGCGCCAGCUGUAUAUAAAUAAUCUUAAGGUUUUCUCUGUCUUUAGUUAGAAGUGUUUUUGUUGCAUGGGUCUUAGUUUCUGGAUUAAAAUAGUUGUUUUUAGGCGCUGAUGUGGACUUUUAGUAUUUCUACUGUUGCAAUUCUUAAUUUUUUUGGGGCGGGUUAUAUAUUUAAUUGAGCUUUAUUUUGUCAUAUGCUGCCUUGCAGACGUUGUAUUUUGAGUUUAGAAAAUUUAAAUAGUAGAAUACAUUAUAAUUAUAAUAGUGAUAAUUCUGGCACACUUGAAAAGAUUGUUACAAAAUAACAGCCGACCAAAAGUGUCCCUUAUUCCUCCAGGAGGAACAAACCAAUAAGGAGAGAGAACGGGAACGGAGGAUCGUGUCUUAUAGGCUGUCCCAAAUGGCUCCCUAUGGGCUCUGGUCUAAAGUAGUGCACUAUAUAGGGAAUAGGGUGCCAUUUGGGAUGCACACAAUGUUGAGGUAUGUUUGUUUGUGUUGACCGUAACUUGCCUGUCCAGUUUGAAUGACUGCAUUUCCUGUUAGCUUUGGAACAAAGUUUUUUUUAUAACCAACCUUUUGCACAUUCUUCCAAACCUAUGACCUUUUGUAAUGCUUUGAUGUCAUCUCAGUUUUAGAAUGUUCCCUGCUGCGCUCUGGGAAGCUUUAACCACAUGAUGAAACCUAUUAAUACCAAAGCUUUAUUUACUAAACCAGUGAUGUGGGUCUGGUUCGUGUGGGAGUGUAUGAAAGGGGUGCUGUAAAUAAAUUAUGCAAAAAUGUCUGAAUAAAGUUUGCAGAGUAAUUAAACUUU